GGGUUUUCUACAUCUUCGCGGCGUUUUGCCAGCGAUCAACUUCGUUUUACAGGUAUAGACAUGGGAGAGCGGGCUGGUAAUCAGUCAUCACGACGGGCGGCGAACGCCCAAAAUUCAUCAGAAGAAGACGAGGACGAGGAUGAGGACGAGGAUUUUGAUGAUGAUCGGUCAAACGGAAGCAGCAUGUCCAGGAGGCAAGAAGAGGCGUUAUUCGAGUCUGCAAUGACGAGGAUACGACAGGCCAGGGCCCAAGGGAGAGUCGACGUUGACUUGACGCGGGCAGAGCUGGAGGCUGUCAACCGCAUGACAGAGCGGAAGCGUAGAGAGGCAGAGCGGCGGAGGAGGGAGGAACAACAACAGCAGCGAGUAUCGAUCCCGAUAUCUCACUUGGAUCCGUCUAGUUUCGAGGAUCUACUGGAGGAUGAGCCUUCAUCACGCCAGCCAUCUCCUCCCCAGAUCGAUGAUCGACAAGGCUACCCGCCAGUCGGUUAUUUCCCGGCCCCGAAAGGCCGCCAGCGCUCGUCCACCACGUCGUCGCGAGCUACGGCUGCACGUGGCCGCAUCCCGUACGAUCGUGAUGUCUCACCUGACGCGUACUCUGCGACUGCCGCUCGGCCAAUGUCUCGACGUGAGGAUACUUCGCCAUUCAGAUAUUCUUACGUCUCGCAAAAUCAACCGCCAGCAGCGAUUCGGCACUCAUCUGACCCGAACCGUGUCCGCGGCUCACGCGUGCCAUCUCCUCGGGAUCCAGAUGAAAUGCUUCCUCUGUCAAAUACAUCGGCGCCUUCGCUGCAUGCUGGCUCAAAUGUCGACCCCUUCCAGUACAUGGCGCCCACGUCCGCAGGUCCGCGCGCGCCGCCAUCGGGCGCUGCGGCUGCGGCCCGUCGGCGUAUCUCUGUCUCCAACCCGACCCCCGCUGCAGCUGGGGGCCGGAGCCGGGGUGGUUCCAGACGGGUCAGUCCUGACGCGACUGAAGAGUCGAGUGGGGAUGACACGACAAGCGAUGACUAUAGCCAUGGAGCACGUGUAGCACCGCCGACAACGAGGCGCGCUGCUCGCGAGCCGCCUGUUAUCGUUGAAGAAAUCCGCACGCCGACACCCGAGCCGCCGAGACGUUCGAGUCGAUCCAAGGCAUCAAGCAAGUCGCCCGCGAAACGGAAGCCGGCUGGUAGUAGCAGCAAUACUACUAGCAGCAGUAGUCGCAGCAAGAAGAAGCGGUGACUCGCGGCCAAAGUUGCGGUCUGGUGCUCUGUUGGUAGCGUUGAUGGGCAGAAAUCGGCUUCUCGACGUCAUGACUGAAUGUUUUCCUCGAGCCAUUUAACAAAAUCGUGUUUGGACAUAUUGUUUGGGUUUGGGAAAAGUUUCUCUGGGCUCAUAACCUUUCUCUCUCUCCCUUUGACCUAUACCUCACCUGUAAUCUGAUUCAUAGACUUGUUGCUUUAGCACAGAAUUUCAUGUUUUAAUUAUUGUCGACUCUC